CAAAUAAUUUUAACACAAUUCAGAUGCUAUUUAUUAGGUCAUAUUUUUUGUAUAAGUAAAGAGGAAGGACGGAUCUAUAAGAAAAACCACAAACAGUAUUAUUUUCCGCGGUUUAACUCAAGUUGCUCACCUGUUUAAAAAGAGGGUGCCGCAGUGGGUUAAGUUCGUUCACGCAUCACUGAACGAAACAAAUGAAUGAAUUAUAAAUUGAUUUCGAAAAAUAUGCUAAAAAUUCAAACAUUUCGUCCGUACGGAGAAAUUCGUGCAUCAUUUUAACUAAAUAUAGUACAACCACCACCAAUUAAAUUAGCAAAUUUACGCUGUAAUGUUUGUUUUCUAAACUAUUGUGAACGUAUUCUUCCGUCAACCCUUCUUAAUUAAGUCUGGUGAGAGGCACAUAAGGCGACGUCUGCCAAUCACAUCACAACAAGUCAUGCCACGGGGUAAGCGUCGAGCUCCAGAAAUAGGCGAAAGCAUGGAUAGUCAAUCAAAAAGGGCCCGUACGAGCUAUACCAGCAUACCGACACAGCACGGCAGGCGCCAUAUCAGAGCUGAAGACGGCUUCAGUCAUAAACGAUGUCUGACAUGGUUCCAGGAAUACACGACUCCCGACGAGCCAGAGACGCUGGGUCCCGACGGAAUGGAAAAGUUCUGCGAAGAUAUCGGUGUGGAGCCCGAAAACAUUGUGAUGCUGGUCCUCGCCUACAAAAUGGGUGCCACCCAGAUGGGCUUCUUCAGUCAGAAGGAAUGGUUGAAGGGCCUCACAGAGCUCGAGUGCGACUCAACAAUUAAAAUGGUUGUGAAACUGGACUAUCUGCGUAGCAUACUCAACGAUGCCAACUCCUUCAAGAGCAUUUACAGAUAUGCCUAUGAUUUUGCCAAGGACUCGGAUCAAAGAAGUAUGGACAUCAACACGGCCAAGGCCAUGUUAUCGUUGCUGCUGGGCAAGCAUUGGCCACUCUAUUCGCAGUUCGCACAGUUUCUAGAGCAAUCAAAGUACAAGGUGAUCAACAAGGAUCAGUGGUGUAACAUAUUAGAGUUCUCGCGCACAAUAUGCAUGGACUUGUCAAACUACGACAUUGACGGCGCCUGGCCGGUUAUGCUGGAUGAGUUCGUAGAGUGGAUGCGUAUGCAACGGCAUCAGGUCUCCAGCUCGGUAUCCAGCUGAGAGAUGCUGUAUCAAUUCGCCUAUUUCUAGUUAAACUGCUGGAGGAAAAGGAAGAGGAGGGAGGAGUUCACCAAUACAAGAUCAGCGGAACUAAGACCCCGUACCCCGCAUCCCAUACCCCACCCCAUGCUCGCACUCAAAACGACACUCACUCGCAGAGAUACAAACAAAAACAAGGAGAGACUGCGUACACUGGCAAAGCAAACCAACUAUGAAACUACACUAUUGAUAUAAUAUAUUUAAUGUAAUAAUUUAUGUAUUAACUACUACUAAAAACUAAAACUGAAAAUUUUCUACUUUUAAGGAGUCAUUGAAUACAAAAAAGAACAGCAGAAAAAGCCAAAUUGGGGGCCACUUGCAAAAAGUAUACCCACAGAAAAGAAACGAUGGCAAAUUACCAAGAAAUCCAACUCCCAAGAAAAACAAAAUUUUUUCAAGAUAUGCACCAUAGUCAAAAUCAACGAAAGUCAAA